GUUACGUUUUACGACGUCGAUUACUUGAUUUUUCGGACGGCCGUUUUUUCGGGACGUAACGUGUUUGCCAUUUGAUAGACCGUGAGUAGUUUGAUGAAAUAUAUUUAUUAUAAUUUAUAAAACUGUGUAAAACGAAGAGAGUUAAACUAUGGUACGAGCCGAUUUUUAUUGAGAAUGGUUGAUCACAUUACACGUGUAUACACGAUUUAUAGAUUAUAAUGUUGGCAACUCCAUUUUAGCGAAUUUGUCGUCUCAUCAUUAUUUUGACAACGGGGUUAUUUCCCGAUCGAUUCCCCGAUUCUCUGGUGUCCGAUGGGUGCGCUCUCUAUUCCGAUCGUAGGCAGACGAAGCACCGCCAUUGUUCCCGUUGCACGCCUUUUUAGUUUAUCUUAAAACCAUUUUUAUUUUUUAGUAUACUAAUCAUAUAAGACAUAAAUAAUCACCUAAUUGUACGAUAUUUGUACAUAAUUAUCUGUGUUGUGUGUAUUUAAUUUCAAUUGGCGUGUUUAGACUUUGGAUCUGGUAUAUUUAGUUUGCAUUAUUAUUAUGGAAUCCGCUAGCAGCAAGACCGGUGAUCAUCCUCAUGAAGACGUUGACAUUGAAAAGACCGAUAACCACGAUGAAGAGGUUGUAACACCCGAUUGUAAAUUAUGCUUAAUGUACUACUGUAUCGAGGAUGCAGUUGUCGAAAUUUGUAGAUUUUUAUUUUGGUUAGUAUCAUUUUAAUAAUUAUAAUAACAAUAUUAGGUUUAGUUAUAUAGUAAACACUAAAUAUGUAAUAAAGUAGGUUUAUUAAAAAAAAAAAAAUAAUACGAUUUAUGUGACGCUAGUAUUCUUCAAUUUUUCUUGAUACACUCGUUUCAUACGUUUUUGUUGGCGAGGGGCGGAUUGGGCCACUGGGAAUUCAGAAGUUUUCUCGGUGAGCCGCUGUUUAAAAUAACUAUUAUGAAAAGUAUUUUAUGUCAAAAAUUAUGUUGGAAUUUUUAAGUGUCCCUAAUAAAUAAUACUUUGGUAUACUAAUAAAUAAUAAUGUUUUAAAUUUAAAAUUUCUUUAAAAUAUACGUUGAAUGAAAUAUAGAUAAAUAAGUACCUACCUAUAUACUUAUGAAGAAUAUUUUUACUCCUUUAAGCCCGAGCUAGUGAUGGAGUAAUGUUCAACAAUACAAAAAGAAUAUAGUCUUGGAUUCUCAGUGGAGCCAAGAAUUUAUUGGUUUUACCAUGAUUUUUUUUUUAUACUUUAAAAAAAUUUUUCUAGAAAUAUUACUCCGACAUAUACAUACGCCACCAUUUUUGAAAGGAAAUAUUGUCUAUAUGGUACUUUAAGGACAUCAUUUUUUAAUUUUCAAAGCUGUUUUCAUAAUAUCUGGGAAAAAUCUGGACAAAAAUUAAGAAUACGGAAAUUUACAAAGAUAAUAAAAUUAUUAUUUUCAAUUUUGUUAUUUGUUGUAAUUUAGUUAAUAAUAUUUGUAGAGACUUAACAUUUGGACAGCAAAUUUAUAUUUGCCUUUUAUAGACGUGAUCAAAUUUUUUAUUAAUUUUUACGUAAUUUUUAUUCGGUAGGUACUCUGUGGUAAAAUUAUUAGACUUGACAGAAAUACUUUAAAAUUUAACAGGAGGUAAAUUAAUGUGAUGAAAAAAAAAAAAUUUGAGUUUAUGUACCUAAUUUUUUUUUUUUUUUAUAAAGGAAUUUUAAUGAAGUCAGAAUUUAUUUAUUUAUUUAAUUCCAAACAUAUUUCUAAGAAACCGUAAAUUUGUUAUUUCUUCACCUUUACACUACCUAUUUAAUUAACCACUAUCCCUCGGAAUUUUCCCUGAUGUUUGGAAAGCUAGUUUUAUUCGACCAAUUCCUAAGUCUUCUUCUGAUCUAUCCAAUAUUGCGAAUUACCGUCCAAUAUCCUUGCUUUCACUUAUACCUAAAAUAUUUGAAUCUAUAGUUGCUAACAAGGUUUUACCUGUUUUGAAUCAUGUAAUCAUAAAUGAUCAACAUGGUUUUCGACGCAAUAAAAGUACGAUUACUAAUUUACUUAACUUCCGGAACUUUGNUAAUUUUAAUCCGCAUAAUCUUCCUAAGGUUCUUUUUUCUUCUUUUCAUUCUUGUUCGAUUUGUUUAAUUGAGGUAUUUGAAUCACUUGACUCAUUAAGUUCCAAUUCCAGCCCUGGUCCCGAUUUAAUUCCAAACAUAUUUCUAAGAAACUGUAAAUUUUUUAUUUCUUCACCUUUACACUACCUAUUUAAUUACUCACUAUCCCUCGGAAUUUUUCUUGAUGCUUGGAAAACUAGUUUUAUUCGACCAAUUCCUAAGUCUUCUUUUGAUCUAUCCAAUAUUGCGAAUAACCGUCCAAUAUCCUUGCUUUCACUUAUACCUAAAAUAUUUGAAUCUAUAGUUGCAAACAAGGUUUUAUCUGUUUUGAAUCAUGUAAUCAUAAAUGAUCAACAUGGUUUUCGACGUAAUAAAAGUACGAUUACUAAUUUACUUAACUUCCAGAACUUUGCAUCUGACGCUCUUUCUCGUGGAUCGAAUGUUGAUGUCAUUUACACUGACUUUGCUAAGGCAUUCAAUAAAAUCAACCAUCAAAUCUUAUUUGUAAAAUUGAAACAAAUUGGUAUUUGUGGCACUUUUUUAUCCUGGAUUAUCUCCUUUAUUGUAGAUCGUCAGCAAAUCGUAGCUUACAAAGAGAACUGGUCUAUCCCAAUACGUGUUACAUCGGGCGUUCCUCAAGGGUCCCAUUUAGCACCAAUAUUAUUCCUUAUUUUUAUUAAUGACAUUCGUUUUCAUAAUUGCACUAAAUUUAUGUUUGCUGAUGACAUAAAGAUUUUCCGUAUAGUUAAUAAUCAAAAUGACGUUGAUUUACUUCAAUUCGAUUUAAAUACUCUUUACGAAUGGUGUACUACCAAUAAUUUUACUCUAAAUAUAAAUAAAUGCAAGGUUAUGACAUUUUCUAGACCUCGAGUAGUUCUAAAAUUUGAUUACUAUAUCAAUGGAGAACCACUACUUCGGACUUUGGGGCCUAUUAAGGACCUUGGUAUUUAUUUUGAUACUAAACUUAACUGAACUUGACUGUCAUAUUACCAACGUUGUUAACAGAUCUAAUAAAGUCCUUGGAUUUAUUCGUAAUAAUUGUACUGAUUUUGAUGAUUCAUUAGCUUUCAAAUCUAUAUAUUGCAGCUUGGUAUGUUCAAUUNCUUCGUACAUCCCACUUUUAACGAUGCUUACCCUCGAAACUCUAGUGCAACACCGUUUGCGAUUUUUAGAUUUGUACUUUUCGUUUAAACUUUUUACAGGAAAUAUUGACUGUCCUGAGUUUCUAAGUCACUUCUCCUUCCAUGCCCCAACUCGUAACACCCGGUCGAAAAACACUUUAUUCUAUCUUAAUACCCUAUCUUAAUACAGUAGUAACUAAUUAUGCAAAUAAUACUCCCCACCAUAGAAUUAUGAAAACUAUAAAUAGAUUAAAUAUCGAUUUGUUCAUCUCACCAAACUUCAGCUCUUUCAAAAUAUAUUGUAAUUUCAUACUUGUCAAUUCACAGCCAUAUAUAUAAUUAUUAUAAUUUAUAUUUUAUAUAUUUAUCUAUGUAUCUAUUGUAUAUAUUAUCUUUCGUAUUUUCCUUCUUGUCUUUUAUUUUUGUAUUGAAUUGUUAACGAACGAUUGUUAUUAUUAUUAAAAUUUAUGUAAUUGGGCCUGGCCCGUUUAAAACUUAAAAUAAAUAAAAGUCAGAAUUGAGCGGACCAUGGCCCUUCGAAAUUAUAGCUUUUUGAAAUCCUGAUAUUAUAUGUUAUGUUAAGUAACUCUAUAUUGUCAACUUUAUUUUAUUGUGUCUGUCGUAGUGUAAUGGUGCUAGGUAGCAACCUACCUAUUGACAUCAAAUCCGUGUUUCAGAAAAAAUUGUUUGCAUUUGUUUUUUCCCUUUUAUCUAAACAGGGAAAAAAACAAAGGUAUUUUGGUGUACCUAUACUAUAGGUCCUAUAGAGACCUAAGCCAUUGCUUGCUCAGACUUUUUAAUCAAAAAUACCCUUCAAUUUAUUGUGCAAAUGUUUCUACCAGAAAUCUUGCUCCAAUGUAUCAAUUAUAGCACCUUUUCUGAAAUUAAAUUUUAUCUACAUGGUACUUUAGGUAGUUCAUUUUUGACUGUCCCAGGAAUUUUCCCAAUAAAUGGAAAAUACUGGAAAUUUAAAUAUUGUUAAAAAAAUUAUAUAUUAUGCAUAUUGUGUUAUUAUUUUACCAUAUUGUGACAUUUAUAUUGUUGACAAAGCUCUACUAUUAACCGAAUUCCAUUCAGAAUCCUUUUUUUCGUUAGUAAUGGUUAAUUAGUGCGUACAGAUAAAAUACAUUAAAUUUCCCAUUUACCUUAUCAAUUUCCCUAUAACAGUGGCCCACCUACUUGUAAAGUAUGUCUAUAGUGUUCAAUAAUAUAAAAAGAAUACAUUUUUUUUUUUAUUCAAAUAUAAAAUAUUACUUACAGAUAUGAUUGACAAAUUAUAGAACUUAACAGUGCAUAAUAUCUUUCCAAAUGUGUAAAAGAAAUUGUAUUAAUGUUAAAAUAGGUAAUUAUAAUACAUGUUGACUAAAAUUCAGUAUUUGGUAAAUUAAAAGUUGGCUGGUACUUUUUUCGGACAGAAAUCUCUCCCCAAUCUGCCCCUGUUGUUGGCAUUCAGAUUUUGAUAAUUAAAUUAGUAUGAAAUAUGUGCAUUACAAUGAAACAAAAAUAAACUUGGCCAACCAUGAAACUCAAUAUUAGGUGAAAACUGAUAAUAUGGUUCACAAAUUUAAAAUUUACUUAGGUAAUUGUACAGAAUUUAAUCUAUUUAUUCUUACAUUGAUAAAUUUGAUUAAAAGCGCAAGUUUCUUAUAAUUAAAAUUGUUGAAAGAAACAUUAGGGUAUCUUUUAUUUAGAUAUAACUUGAACUAGACAUUCAUUGCAGGUAGCUUGUACAAUCACAAAAUUUAAUAGUACUACUGAAGUAUAUUGUACUGAAUUUUAAUAAAUGAUCAUAAGUUUAAUAAAGUUAUAAUAAUUCUGAAAAUUGAUAUGAAUUUAAUGUCAGGUCUACUUGAUUUCCCUACAUUUUUGAUUUUAUUUCCCCUAAUUCUAAAAAGCAAUAAUAAAAAAAGAUAAAUUGUAAAAAAUCGAAUAUUUUAAUUCUUGUAGAAAUUAAAAUCGAAGAAAAAAAAAGAUCAAAACGUGAGAAAAUCAAUCUCAAGUAGACUUGGCAAUAAAUUUAAACUUAAUUUCAGAAUUCUUAUUGCUUCACUAGAUCAAUCGGUAUGUUGAAAAUAGAGCACAUUUAAAUUAUUCUGAUGUCUCGCAUGUAUCAGAUAAAGACCGAAAAAUCACAAUUCACUUAAAUUGAUCUUAAGCUGAUAUUUAAUAAAUCUCAGUUUCAAUUGUACUGUGGUAGAGUGAUGUGUGGUAUUUUCGUUCGUUAUCUUUUUUUUUUGUUUACUGUAAUUUCAUUGUCGGACUGAGUUUGACUCUACUAAUCUAAUCUUGUACCAAUCCAAAAUAAUUUCUGCUUUAAAUGAGAGGCACCAAGUUAAUUUUAUUUGUACAAACUUUCAUUAAGCAUUCGACAAUGUUAACCAUCAACUCUUAUCAGUAAAGCUGGAAUAUUUUGGAUUAAAUCAUACUUAAUAAAUCGUUCUUAGGUCAUUAAAUUACUUUCUGUAGUUUCUUCUGAUAUUAAAGUUCACUCUGGCGUAUCACAAGGAUUUUAUUUAGGUUCUUUAUUAUUCAUUUUAUUUAUUAAUGAUUUGGUUGCCUAGUGUUUUUAUUAACGCCCAUAUAAAUGUUCUUUUGUUUGCUAAUGAUGCUAACAUAUUUUCGGAUUUAAAUUCACAAAGUAAUUGCAUUAAUUUAUUAAUAUUGAAAAGCUUAAUGAUAAGAGAAUUAUUAAUGGGUUAUCUCUUAACAUUAAUAACUAUCAGGUAAUAUUGUUUUCCUGUAAGAGAGAAACAAGAUUAUUCAACUAUUAGGAAAUUCUAUUUUACACAAUGGUUGAUUACAUUAGAGAAUUGGGAAUAAUUUUUGUAGAUAAUCUUUCUUUUUCUCGCCAUAUUAAUUUAUUAGUUAGUAAUGCUUUCAAGAUUCUUGGUUUUGUUAAUAGAAGUACAAAACAUUAAACAUAUACAUACUUUUGUAAUGUUAAAUUUCUCUCCUUUUAGGUCAAAGUUUGAGUUUAGUCCUCUAACUAUGCGGCUUUUAUUAAUCUUAUUGAAAAUGUUAAUAUAAAUAUAAUAAAUCUAUCUAUUAUAAAUUAAAUAUUAGUCUAUCUAGGGAUUCUUAUCAUUUACACUCUUCUCAGCUAGGUAUUACAUAUUGUGAUCCCAGAAGAAAAGUUAUUGAUUUGAUGUUUUUAUUUGACUUGCUUAAUGGAAAUGUACAUUGCCUGGAGUUACUUUCAAUAGUUGACUUUCACAUAAGUCAUAUUUACUUUAGGGUUAAUAAAUUGUUUCAUGUUCCAUUUUUUACCAAUAAUUAUAGCUCAGCAUUAUAUUUUUCUUGAAUUCUAAUAUUAGCAAAUAAAUUACCAUCUUGUGUUGAUUUAUUUUAUGUCUCGUGAAGUUUUUAAGUAUAAUGCAUAUAACACAUUGACUAUAAUUGUAUGCUGUAAUUUUAUCCUUGUUUUAUUUAUUUAUAUUUAUUUGAUUAUUAUUUCAUUAAUUUAAUUUUUAAUUACUUGUGCCAUUUAUGAUUGUCACUUUUCUUUUGUUAAAAGGUUUUUUCAUCCAUUUAUAAUUUAUAAAAUAUAAUAUCUUUUUUUUAAAUUUGUAUUUUGUAUUUGUUUGUAUAUUUUAAAUACAUUAAUUCUUUAUUAUUUGAGGCUUAUGGGUAAUAAUUAUAUAACAGAGAUUUAAUUUAUCACAUUAUAAUUUUCAGCUGCAAGGUAUACCCCCCUGAAUGAUUGGAAACAGUAUCAAGUUGUCAAGUAUGUCCAGUGUGAAUACCAAACAAGAUCCAAGGUAUUUUUUUAUAUUAAUAGUUUCAGAUACCAUAUUAUAAAAUAUUUAACAUAUUAUUUAAAACAAAUUAAUUAAUUAUAUAACAUAAAAAUCCUUAAUUCCACAAAAAAUAUUAGAUAUCAGUGGAUAAAACAAAUAUUGUCAAUUGUUGCAUCUAACCAUGUUCAUAUAAAAAAAACCAUGUGAAUUUUCAAUUGGACCACCUGAUUAUAUUCUUAUAGUUUGUGAGAUUCAGUUAUAUUAAUCUUAUAAUUUGUCCAAAGAAGGGGGGGAGGGUUAGGAGAUUUGGACGUUUGCAAUUUCUCAUUCAAUCUCCAAUUUACUAUUGCUGAAUUCAUAACUGGGAUAUGGCUUAAUAAAAUAAAAUAAAAUAUUUUAUGUUUGUCAUGAGCUAUGUUUUUCUUUAAACCUAUUAUUUUAUAUACAUUUUAUGUACAUUGUCAAUUUUGAAAAUCUUUGUUGAAUUUUUAAGGUUUAAAUUUUAAUUUUGAGUUUGGUAUCAAUUUUUCAAUGGUUUUAAUCGGUAUUUAAAUUAUCUUUAAAAAAUAAUUUCUCAAAAACUCCCCUCUUUGUACACUUCAUACUGAUGCUGUGGCAAUCUGACAUCACUCAUGUUCUCUUCUAUUGUUCUUCUCUUACCCUCCAACGUGAUAUCCUUUCUACCUUAAUAUCUUCUUAUAAUGUUCAUUUUAAUACCCAGUCUAUUCUUUCUUCACAAAUAACACCAAUCAUUAUUUUUAUAAUCUCCAUCAUCAAACAGGCUGGUGGUGUUAGAAUUUACAUUUCUUUAGUAAAUGUUUGUUUUUUAUUUUGUGUAACAUCAUGCUUACUUAUAAAGCUUACUAAUUUAAUUGUCGAAGCUAAUUGUACCACGAAGUUUGUAAUAAAAAAAAUACAUAUAUAUCAAUUACAUCCAUUUUUAUACCUACACUUGCCUUUUAAAGGCCAUUACUAGCUUUAAUAAUUUAAACAAAAUAUUUAAUGAAGUAAAAAAAAAAAAUGGGGAUACGAGCAAAUUAGGGGAAUUUAUGAAUACUAUUAAAGUAAUUAUUCUCAACAGAUAUGGCAACACUGUAUAAAAUAGAAAAAAAUUAUUGCAGCGGUUGAAAUAUACAUGAUUUUUUAAUUCCUGGAAAUAUUUCAAUUCAUAAAUUUUUAAUUGGUCAAAUAUGCAAAAAAAAGAUUUUAUUUGAAUUUAUUAUGUUAAUGUUAAAAUAUGCACUUAUAUGCAAAAUACAAUUUUGUAUUGAUAUUUUUUGUACUGUAAAUCGUACAUAUUAUCUUACUCUCACGGUUGCGCAUACAUCCAUUACAAACAUGAUUUAACACAUAAAUUUGUGCUCUGGUUAUACAUUUUCACCUGUAUUAUAAUUUAUAACUUGUAACACAUUAAUAAAUAAUAACGCGAUUCAAAACUAGUAUUUAUGUUCUAACUUAAAACUUAUAUAUUUUUUUUAUCAGUCAUCCUGUAUAGCACAAUGGAUAGUAUGUUCAUAAUGAAAUGUUUAAUUAGAUAUUUAAUUUAGGUGAUAGGAUUUCAUUAUUGUAAUUAUUUGAUGAGCUUUGAGUUAAACAACUAGAAUAUAAUAAGCAUAUUGGAUUUUGUUAUAGAUAUUAACCGGAAAAUAAGUAUCACACAAAUACAUAUGUUUUCUGUUGUCUUUAAUUUUAACAAUUGAAAAAUGACAACAGAUUUAUUCAUUAGAUUUUGUUAUUAAAUAUAUAAAUAUUUUUUUUUUUUAGAAACCAAGAAUUACGAAGACCAGCUGGCCAUAGAAGACAACUUCUUCCUGACAUAGCAUACAUAUUUGUUAUGUUAUCAAUAUUACUUCUACGCUACUACUAUAACUAAACUAUUAAUAUAACUAAACUACUACUAUAACUAAACUACUACUAUAACUAAACUACUACUAUAACUAAACUACUACUAUAACUAAACUAAUACUAUAACUAAACUACUACUAUAACUAAACUACUACUAUAACUAAACUACUACUAUAACUUAUUAUUACUUUUUCACUCUUAAAAAUUUUCAUAAUAGCACUUGUGUUAAAAAUAUUUAUCUAAAAAUUUGAUUACGUGACAUUUCGACCACUAAAUCGGCAACUACAUGAUUUUCGACUAAAUGACCUGCACCUUUAUAACUACACUACUACACUAAAAAAUAUAAGACAGAUGUUCAUGCUUCUAAAAACUUUAAUAUAUUCUAUAUACAAUUUUAAAAUAUGCUCGAUAAAACAUCAUUAUAUGCCUGAAAAAAUGUUAAUAAUAUUUAUUAAAACUGUUAAAAACUUAAAAUCAAAACCAAAUGGAUGAAUAACUUAAAUAAAAAAUUGAUUAUUUGUAUUGCUUUUCGUUUAUUGUCAAACUGUAAUGGUAAUUCAGAGUACUCAUGGGUACAUAGCUAUUGCCCAUUAGGUAUUUCCAAUUAAUAAAAUUUAUCGAUAAAGAUACAAUUUCUAAAAUAGUAAUAGACAAUGAUUUAAUGUUAAAUGUCAAGUAGAACCUAAAGAUACCAAAUAUGCAUUAUUAUGCACUAAUAAAAUAUAAAUAUGCUUUGAAAGAAAAAUGGAAAGAAAAAUAUGCAAUAUAACAAUUUUGCUUUCGUUUUUUAUAAGUCACAAAAAAAUAUCUAUCCUACUGUGCAACUUUUAUUAUUAAAGAAAAAAAACUGCAAAUUCAUGAACAUCUGUCUGUUACUAAUAAACAACUACUAUAAUUUUUUAUUUUCACUUUUUGAUUAGCUAAGUUAUGUAAAAUAGGUUGAGUUGAAUAUUAUUUAUUAACUUAUAUUAUUAGGUAUAUCUGUUUUUAUUUAUAUAACAAUGCAGUGCAACAAUCCAUUUUCAGGAAGAGUUUGACAAUGAUGAUAUCUAGAAUAGUGGGUUGCUACAACACUUUACCUACAGUACUCGUAUAACAAAACUUAACCACUGGGCUCUCUUAUCAAAUAUUGCUGGUGGAACAUAACCUAAC